UUCUUCUACAGUCCUGUAGUCAUCUUUUUCAAUUAUCAAGAACGAUCGAGAGAGAGAGAGAAAUCGGGUGUGUUUCUUUGCUUUGCACGAAGAGAUAGAGAGGGAGAUCAGAGGCAAAUCCCUAAACUGUAGGGUCGUCGCCGAGUCAAUCCAAUUGAAUCCGACAAUUUCAAGCUAGGGUUCCAAAGUUCGAACCUUUAGUCCGUUGGCUACUAUUUGGUUGGAGUGCAAGGGUUCCUUAGCUGCUAUACUUGAACGAUUGAAUCAACUUUUGUCAUCAGAGGUGAUCAACUUGGUGUGGACCGUGUUGAUAGAAGUUGAGUCUGACUUUUGGCAUCUCUGUAUCAGUUGCAACGUUUGCAAGCCUCAGCUUCUCCAGUGUGUUCUGUCCUGCAUCUAGCAAGUCCAAAUAAAAAUUUAAGUUGACACAUAAAGGAACAAGAAUCUUAACCAACAUGACAUGAUAAUCUAAUCAAGAAUGUGAUUUUAUGCAAAGAAGUUCGUGUAGUAUUACUUUGCCACUGUUCCUUGGUCUGCUGUUCAGCAUCGUCUUCAUCUUUUAUUUGCAUUCAGAUUUUGGGAACAGUGUGCUCUCAGAUAGUUUAACUGUCUACAGUGCAGAAGAUUCGACUAGGCAGCUCUCUGGGGACAUUUAUUCAAUACUGUGCGGUGGUACUUAUCCUGAUAUCCAGGAAAUCGAUGAUGCAGAAUCUUUGGAGAGGGAAUUGGACUUACCAUGGUUUCCAGAUUUAUCCCAUAGUGCGAUGCCAUUGCGCCGCAAAGAAGUUAGUCGCGAAAGGAAGCAGAGGUUUGCUUUCGGCAACACUCAGGGUAUCCGUUUUGAUAAGUUAGUCGACAUGUGUGCCAAUAGGCUAGGGACUGAAACCACUAUUCAAGUGUUUGACAAAUUGGGAAGAGAAACGGGUGUGAAAGAAUGUAAUGCAUUGAUAAAGAGAUGCAUAGAGGGAGCUAGGAUUGCUCCUGAUGAAGUAGUUGGAGAAAAGCAUAUGCAGUUGGCUUUUGAAAUUUUUAAGUCAAUGAAGGAACAGGGUUUCCCGCUUGAAGAGGAAACAUAUGGUCCGUUUCUUGAAUAUCUUAUCGACAUGGGUAUGACAAAAGAGUUUUGCUUUUUCUGCCGAGUUAUCAAAGAUGACAACCCUUUGUCAGUUUCAAGAUUAGGAUACUAUGAGAUGAUGUUGUGGAUCAGAGUCAAUGAUGAAAAAAAGAUUCAAGAGCUCUGUAAUGACAUUGAGAGUUACGAUGGAGUAAACAAGUCAAUUUUACAAGAGAAUUAUUUGUUAGCACUUUGUGAAAGUGACCGGACGAAGGAGAUUUUGAAGCUCUUAGAAAGUAUGGACAUCACAAAGUUCUCAUCACCGGAUUUUGUGGCACGUAUCUUUAAAUGCCUGGGAAGGCUCCUAUUGGAGUCUUUUGCAGAGAAGGUCCUUCUGGAAUUUAAAGCCAGUGACUGUGCAGCAGGGAAUACUUCAAACUUGAUCUAUAGUUAUGUUGUUGGCAUUCCGAAUUUAGCGGUUGAGGAUGUCAUUUCAAAAUUUAAAAACUUGCACACAAAACUUGAGGUGACACCUUCAUCUGUGUCAUAUGAGAAGCUUAUCAUCUACUGUUGCGGUUCACUUAAGGUGCAUGUGGCUCUUGAGCUGGUGAAUGAGAUGUCUGAACAGGGUUUGACAUUUUCGAUGGAGGCAUUACACUCCAUUUUACAAGCUAGUAGUGAGAGUUGUGACUUUAAUCUGGUUCACCAAAUUUAUUCAGUGAUUAGCCGAGGCAAUUUGAAGCCCAAUAGCGAAACUUUCAGGAGUAUGAUAAAUCUUUGUGUGAAAAUGAAGGAUUAUGAGGGUGCCUAUAGCAUGCUGAGUGAUUUGGAGAAAAUGAAUUUGACGCCCACAGCUGCCAUGUACAAUGCUAUAAUGGCUGGAUAUUUCCGAGAGAAGAACUUGUCCGGUGGGUUAAAGGUUCUCAAACAAAUGAAAGAAGCAGAUGUAAAACCAGAUUCCCACACUUUCAGCCAUCUGAUAACCAACUGCAACUCUGAAGAGGACAUAAACAUGUAUUAUGAAGAAAUGAAGCGAUCUGGAAUUCAAGUUACCAAGCAAGUUUUCAUGGCACUUGUAAAUGCAUAUGCAGCUUGUGGACAGUUUGAAAAGGCAAAACAGGUACUCUUAGACAAGGGAAUUCCAGUAAAGAGCUUCAAUGAGAUUAAAAGUGUGCUUGUCCAAGCCCUUGCAUCACAUGGGCAAUUGUCUGAUGCAUUUAAUACAUAUGAAGAGAUCAAGCAAGCUGGAUGCAGUUUGGAGCCGAAAGCUGUUAUAAGUCUUAUCGAGCACCUUCAAUCUGAUGAAGAAGCAUUAAGCAGAUUACUCCUCCUACUUGAGACACUAAAUGAUCCAAACUAUUGGCUUGAUGGUUGCUUGAGAACUAUCUUAUAUUGUGUUCGUUACAAGCAUUUAAGACCUGCCGUCAAUUUGCUUGAGCAACUCAGGGAUCAGGUCUGUACUGACGAAUUAGCUCUAGAAGUAAUUUUUGAUAAGGUGUUUUCCUUCAUAGCAGAAUCGGAGUCUACAUCUUUAGAGUUUGGCCUAGAUUUGCUUCAUGCUAUGAAGAGUGAGCUUGGCCUCACCCCUUCACGAAAAUGUCUCGAUUUUCUUCUCCACGCUUGUGUCACUGCCAAAGAUCUGCAAAGUUCCCUAUUUGUAUGGCAAGAAUAUCAAGCCGCUGGCUUGCCUUACAAUACCUUAAGCUUUUUAAGGAUGUAUCAAGCCCUUUUGGCUGCAGGGGACCGAAAGGCUGCAAAAGUUUUGGGACGUAAAAUUCCUAAAGACGAUCCUCAUGUUCGGUCUAUCAUUGAAUCAUGUACACUGACUUAUUUAGAGAAGAAGGAAGAAAAGAAAAAGAAAAAGAAAAAGAAAUGAUUUAGGAAUAUUUAAAUCAACACAAUGAUUAGGAUUAGAGAUGCAAGUUUUUGUAUCAAACCUGGAGAAAUAAGUCAGAAAAGGACCCCUUCAUGUGGGAAAAGUCCCACACAUCUAACUUAAUUGAACGAAUGCUGGUUAAUAUAUCAGUGCCCAUUGUCUCAGAGCAAGUUGUUUACUUCACCUCUUCAUAUUCUAUAAGAAUACUUCCUAUG